AUGGGAGGGCGAAACUCCGUCAAGGGAUAUAUAAGACAAUGCAUCCCUUGCGUACGUCACUCGGCUAAACUUUCGAGCCAAUUCAUGGGAGACCUCCCGUCUCCACGCGUCAAUCCGUCGUCUCCAUUUGCUCAUACGGGAGUGGAUUAUGCUGGCCCUUUCUUAGUCACGCCGUUCGUUGGCAGAGGCCAAAAAACCAGAAAAAAUUAUAUAGCUUUGUUCAUCUGCCUCGUCACGAAAGCAAUCCACGUAGAGCUAGUCGAAGACUACUCUAGCGCUGGGUUCCUCGCCGCCUUUCGGCGAUUUGUGAGCCGAAGGGGCUUGCCGUCCAAGCUAUAUAGCGAUAAUGGAACGAACUUCCACGGGGCUGACAAGGAAUUGAACGACGCGUUCAGCGCCUUGAUGAAGGAUUCGUCACUGCACGACAUCCUUGCAAAUGACAAAAUUGAAUGGAACUUCAUUCCGUCUGCGGCUCCUCACUUCGGUGGGCUAUGGGAGGCGGGAAUCAAAAGUCUCAAGUCGCACUUAAAACGAGUCGCCGGUUCGCGAACUCUGUCACAGGCCGAAUUCGCGACGUUAUUAUGCCAAAUCGAGGCGUGCUUAAAUUCUCGUCCGAUCGCGGCAUUAAGCGACGAUCCGAGUGACCUAUCGGCACUCACUCCGGGUCAUUUCCUGAUCGGGCGCCCCAUAAUUGCGAUACCGGAGGAGUCAGUGCUCGAAAGUAAUGCGAAUCGACUAUCGCGAUGGCAGAUGGUCCAUUCUUUAGUCGAACAGAUUUGGCGCUCGUGGUCACAAGACUACUUGCACUCCCUGCAGCAGCGGCGUAAGUGGUCGGAAAAAACGUCUUGUUUUCGCAUAGGAGAACUCGCCUUGUUGAAGAAUCCCUUGCUCCCUCCGAGCAAGUGGAACCUAGCGCGAGUCACGCAGAUUCAUCCCGGCUCGGAUGGACUCGUGCGAGUAGUUACGGUGAGAACUGCGAGCUCGAUCCUGAAACGACCAAUUACGCUACUGUGCCGGCUGCCAAUCAAUAGCAAUAUUUGA